AUGAAAUUGGACAUCAAGAAAACUUUCAGCAAUAGGUCUGAUAGAGUAAAGGGGAUUGAUUUCCACCCCAGUGAACCAUGGGUUUUAACCACGCUAUAUUCUGGUCGUGUAGAAAUUUGGAAUUAUGAGACGCAAACUGAAGUUAGAUCUAUACAAGCUACCGAUUCACCUAUAAGAAGUGGUAAAUUUAUUGCUAGAAAGAAUUGGAUCAUUGUGGGUUGUGAUGAUUACAGAAUCAGAGUGUUUAAUUAUAACACUGGUGAAAAGGUUGUCGAUUUUGAAGCACAUCCUGAUUACAUCCGUUCCAUUGCGGUACAUCCAACUAAACCAUAUCUGUUGUCAGGUAGUGAUGAUUUGACAGUAAAACUUUGGAAUUGGGAGAAAAAUUGGGCUCUAGAGCAAACUUUUGAAGGUCACGAACACUUCGUUAUGUGUGUGGCUUUCAACCCUAAGGAUCCAAGCACUUUCGCCUCUGGUUGCUUAGAUUCUACCGUUAAAGUUUGGUCGUUAGGUCAACCUACACCUAACUAUACCUUAACAACAGGCCAAGAAAGAGGUGUAAAUUUUGUAGAUUAUUACCCAUUACCUGACAAGCCAUACAUGAUCACAUCUUCUGAUGAUUUGACAGUUAAGAUCUGGGAUUAUCAAACAAAAUCCUGUGUUGCAACUCUGGAAGGACACAUGUCCAAUGUCUCCUUUGCAGUUUUCCACCCAACUCUGCCCGUCAUCAUUUCCGGUUCUGAAGAUGGUACCUUGAAGAUUUGGAAUGCUUCCACUUAUAAAUUGGAGAAAACUAUUAAUUUGGGAUUGGAAAGAAGUUGGUGUUUAGCUACUCAUCCAACUGGUAAGAAAAAUUACAUCGCUUCAGGUUUUGACAAUGGGUUCACAGUUCUUGCCUUAGGUAAAGAUGUCCCUACACUAUCCCUCGAUCCAGUUGGUAAGCUUGUGUGGGCGGGUGGUAAGAAUGCAUCACCCUCUGACAUUUUCACAGCAGUUAUUAGAGGUAAUGAAGAGGCCGAAGAGAGCGAACCAUUGCUUUUACAGACUAAAGAAUUAGGUUCCGUCGAUGUUUUCCCACAAAGUUUAGUACACUCUCCUAAUGGUAGAUUCGUUGCCGUUGUCGGUGAUGGUGAGUAUGUUAUUUACACAGCCCUGGCAUGGAGAAACAGAUCUUUUGGUAAAUGCCAUGGCUUUGUAUGGGGUCCUGACUCUAACAGUUAUGCAAUUGUGGAUGAAACCGGGCAAGUGAGAUAUUUCAAGAAUUUCAAAGAAGUUACUUCUUGGUCAAUUCCCUUGCAAUAUGGUGUAGAAAGAUUAUUCGGUGGUGGUCUUCUCGGUGCUAAAUCUGAUGGGUUUAUUUAUUUCUUUGAUUGGGAAAACGGUAACCUCGUUAGAAGGGUCGAUAUCAAUGCCCGUGACGUUAUUUGGUCCGACAAUGGUGAACUCGUCAUGAUACUCAACACUGAAGAAGGUCGUGGCGAUGAAGCUAGUGCUUACUCCUUAGCUUUCAACAAAGACGUUUACGAAGAAGCAGUUACCAAGGGUGAAAUAGAUGAGGACAACGGUGUUGAUGAUGCCUUUGAUGUUUUGCAUGAAUUGAAUGAAUCAAUCACUUCUGGUAAGUGGGUUGGCGAUGUCUUCAUUUGUACCACAUCCACUAACAGGUUGAACUAUUUCGUUGGCGGUAAGACUUACAACUUGGCUCAUUUGACCAAGGAAAUGUACAUGCUAGGUUACCUGGUUCGUGACAACAAAGUGUACUUAGCUGACAGAGAAAUUCACACUUACGGUUAUAAUGUUUCCUUAGAAUUGUUGGAAUUCCAGACUCUAACUUUGAGAGGUGAAUUAGAGGAAGCUAUGAACACCAUCCUACCUAAUGUAGAGAGUAAGGACACUUUAUCCAAGAUCGCUAGAUUUUUAGAAGGCCAGGAAUUAUACGAAGAGGCUCUAAAGACUUCUCCAGACACUGACCAAAAAUUCGAUUUGGCUUUGAAGGUUGGUCAACUAACGCUAGCAUAUGAAAUUUUGGGUGAAGAAGAGAGUGAACUGAGGUGGAGGUCACUUGGUGAUGCUAGUUUACAAAAAUACAAUUUCAAGUUGGCUAGCGAAGCUUACAUGAAGGCACAUGACUUAGAAUCUUUGUUCUUGCUGCAUUCUUCUUUCAACAACACUGAGGGCCUUCUAUCGGUUGCUAAGGAUGCUGAAGCUUUGGGCAAAUAUAACCUAUCUUUCAAGGCCUAUUUCAUAGCGGGUGAUGUGGAAAGCGCUAAAAACUUGUUGGUAAAACUAGGAAAAUUCCCUGAAGCUGCUCUGCUUUCAGUCACAUACGGUAUUGAGAGUGAUGGUGUAAAUUCCGUUGUUACCAAAUGGAAGGAAAGUUUGAAAGCUGAUGGAAAAACUGCGAUCGCCGAUAGAAUUUGCUUCAGUGAAAAGAAUGCACCCAACGCAUCUCCUCUUAUCGACAUAGACUCUGCACCAUCUGGUAAAGAAGAAACAGAUGAGCAAGCUUCUCCAGCGGAAGCAGCUGAAGAAGUCGUAAAUGAAGAUACUCAACCAAAGGAAUCACAGACCACUGAGGAACCACAGGAACCUACUGCUGCUAAACCAGAGGCUCCAGUAGAGAAAGAAGAAUCUCAAACAGAGGUUCCAACUCAGGAGGCAUCGGAGACUAAGGAAGAAUCCAAAAAGGAAUGA